CCACCUGCUAUCGGAAUCGGCGAUUUUCGAUUUUGGACAGUGCUGAUUGCAAACCGGACGCAAAAUGGAGCUCGAGAUUGUCAACGCGAAGAACAGCAAGCCCUACGGCAAGGUGAAGGUGCCCUCCGGCGCCACGCCCAUCGGGGACCUGCGUGCCCUGAUCCACAAGAGCCUCAAGCAGACCCCGGACGCCAACCGCCAGUCGCUGCGCCUGGAGCUGAAGGGCAAGAGCCUGAAGGACACGGACACCCUGGAGUCCCUGUCCCUGCGCUCCGGCGACAAGGUGUAUGUGAAGGAUCUGGGCCCCCAGAUUGGCUGGAAGACCGUCUUUCUGGCGGAAUACGCCGGCCCCCUUAUCGUAUACUUGAUCUUCUACUUCCGACCGGAAUUGGUGUACGGCAAAGCGGCCACUCUGCCGAUUUCCCUAACCACCCACAUUGCCGCCGGCUGCUACACGGUCCACUAUGUGAAGCGUCUGCUGGAGACGAUCUUCGUGCAUCGCUUCUCGCACGCCACCAUGCCGCUGCGAAAUCUCUUCAAGAACUGCACCUACUACUGGGGAUUCACCGCCUACGUCUCCUACCACGUGAACCAUCCGCAGUUCACCUCGCCGUGCAUGUGCACCGUGUGGGCUGCUUUGGGAGCCUUUGCCCUCUGCGAACUGGGAAACUUUUCGGUGCACAUUGCCCUGCGCAACCUGCGUCCGCCAGGCACCAAAGUGCGCAAGAUUCCCGUGCCCGAUGGAAAUCCGCUGACCAAGCUGUUCGACUUGGUGUCUUGCCCCAACUACACCUACGAGAUCGGUGCCUGGGUUUCCUUCUCCGUGCUGACCUCUUGCCUGGCUGCCUAUUUGUUUGCCUUCGCCGGAGCCUUCCAGAUGACCGUCUGGGCUCUGGCCAAGCACCGCAACUACAGGAAGGAGUUCAAGGACUACCCUCGCCAGCGCCGCUCCAUCUUCCCCUUCGUCCUGUAGGAUGGAUCGGGUAUCCCCAUGACGCAUUCGCUGUAUUACCUAUUCCACAUUACACAUUUAUACCAUUUGGCUAGAGUUUAACAGGGUAGUUGUCUAGUGAACUUUGUGCUUUCGUUGAUUUAAAGCAAAUACAAAUUGGAGAAGCGUA